AUGGAAGCUCUUCUUUCUCAAUUCACCUUCCUCUCAGACCAAUCUUUACUCGACAAGACCUUCGAUCCCUCCACAAUCGAAGAUCUAAUGAAGCUCUUCGAGAUCGAGUCCUACAAAGCCUGGGCAGCCGCAGAGCUCGAACAAGAAACCGAACUCGAAGAAGCGGAGCACGCUAUGCAAGAAGCCGAGGAACAUCUCGAUUCGGCGAUGGAAAGUGCGAUGGAUGAAUUCAGAAGGUUCGAAGAAGAGAUGGAGAGGAUUUCAAGAGAUGAAGUUGAGAGUUUAGUUGAGACGGCUGAGAAAGCAAGGAAGAUGGGGAAUUUGAUGGAGAAAAGUGCGGCUAUUGCUUCAAAGAAGUAUAUGGAAGCUGCUUUGAAUUCUGCUACUUCUUCUAUGAAAUCGGCUUGGAAAGGAAUUUCUUCUGGAAAGGUUCAUCCAUCUUGA